AUGAUACACGACAAUAUCCACUUGUCCAACAUUCAGAAGCUGCAUUAUCUGCGGGCUUCUUUAAAAGGCGAUGCUGCUCGAAUAAUUUCAUCCCUUUCAAUCUCCUCAUACAGUUACACUGUUGCAUGGAAAUUAAUUACCGAUCGCUACGAGGACAAAAAUUUGUUAAUAAAGCAGCAUAUUUCUUCGCUGUUUUCGGUUGCGCCGCUUCGGAAGGAAUGUGCAUCAGGUCUUUCCGAGUUGGCCGACGAGUUUGAGAAACACGUCAAGAUUUUGGACACACUCGAAACCAAAGCUCAGCAUUGGGAUUCGGUGUUGGUGGAGCUCCUUUUCAGUCGUAUGGAUGCCGCCUCGCAAAGACAGUGGGAAAACACUCGCGACAAAACUGUUCGUCCUUCGUAUGAUAGCCUCAUCAAGUUCAUUCACGAAUACUCUCGCACACUGCAGUCUCUAAUGCUCUCCCAAUCAGUUUGUGCAUCAACAUCGGAGGCUAAACUCACGAAAUCGCGGCUUGUGUCAAACCACUCGGCAUCGGAACAAGCACCUAAGUGCGCAGCGUGCAAACAGGAUCAUUUCUUGUUUCAAUGCGAGGUUUUCCGUAACCAAACUCCUCAUCAACGAUUUGAUUUGGUGAAAAGAAGUAAUUUGUGCAUAAACUGCAUCAAGGUAACCAACCUUGCCAAAAACUGUAAUAGCGGGUGCUGCAAGUAUUGCCAGAAGAAGCACCACACCUUACUGCAUCUCCCAUCAUCCGCUUCCUUGACUACGACUGGAACACCAUCACACAGCCAACCCAUUGAACAGACUUUCCCUGUGCAUGAAACAAGCCCCUAUCUACCGCUCGCUCCUUCGGUCCCUCGGUUUAAUGGUGUCCCGGGCGUCACUUCGGUCGAUCGUUCGUUCUCGCAAUCGUCGCCGUCGGAAAUCGUACCUCGCCUGCCCUCGUCGGGAAUAGUCACGCCUCCAUCCACAUCCUGUCAAACCGUUUCACCAAUCAUUAUUGGUGAAAGUACAGUGAUUUUAUUCACUGCUCUAGUGAAUAUUUACGACAACCUUGGGAAUCGUCAAGUAGCACGUGCUCUACUAGACAGUGGAUCGCAGUCAAGUUUCAUUUCCGAGUCGAUGUGCCAACGGCUUUCUCUUAACCGAACGAAAGUCAACAUGCCAGUGAAUGGUAUCGGUCAAGCUAUUGUCAAUGUAAGAUACGUAGUGUCGGUGACCGUUUCAUCUCGUCUCAAUAAUCAACAAUUCCCGUUGGAGUGCUUGGUGCUCCCUAAGCUGACAGUGAAUCUCCCAACCAAGACUGUGGACAUCAGAACGUGGCAAAUCCCCCCACAUCUGCAGUUAGCCGACCCGCAGUUUUACAAAUGUCGUGGCAUCGAUUUAAUUAUCGGUGCCGAACUCUUGCCGCUCAUUCUUCAACCAGAGCAGAUUCCGUUCGAUGAUCAGCUACCACCACUUCAAAAAACAAGCUUUGGAUACGUGUUCUCUGGCAAGGUUUCCACCCCAGCAGUAAUCCCAGUUACUUGCCUUAUUUCUACUUUGGAUAGCUUGGACGCUCAAGUAAAACGGUUCUGGGAAGUUGAAAAUUUUGACUUCGGCAAAUGUCUCACCACCGAAGAACAACAAUGCGAAGCACACUUCGCAUCAACGCACUCUCGUAAUAGUGAAGGUCGGUAUGUAGUGCGUUUGCCAGUCAAGGAGGAGCUGCUCCCUUCAAUCGGAGAUACUUGGAACAUAGCAGCACGUCGAUUCUCCGCUGUCGAAAGGCGUUUCCGUUCCGACGAGACUCUACGCAAGAGCUAUGCCGAUUUUAUGGAGGAAUAUGAGCGGCUCGGCCACAUGGAGGAGGUGAUGACUCGCGUCGCGUUGCCCCAAUAUUUCUUGCCCCAUCAUGCAAUUCUACGUCCCGAUUCGUCCACAACAAAAAUCAGAGUAGUCUUCGACGGUUCAUCGAAGAGCAGCAACCAACUAUCACUGAACGAUCUUUUGCUCACUGGACCUACUGUUCAGCCACCUAUGAUUUGCACCAUAAUAAAUUCUCGUUUUCAUCGAUUUGUAAUGAAGGCAGACGCAGAGAAAAUGUUCCGGCAGAUUCUUGUUCAUCCAGAACACCGUAAUUUACAGCAAAUUGCCUGGCGACAGGAGGAAUGCAAGCCGCUAAAGAUCUACCGCCUCAAUACUGUCACCUAUGGCACAUCUUGUGCCCCUUAUCUAUCCACACGAGUCCUAAACCAGUUAGCGGAUGAUGAAGGCAAUGACUUUCCGUUGGCCGCAUCUAUCGUUAAGAACGACUUUUAUGUUGAUGACCUUCUCACUGGAGCCAACACCAUCGAAGCUCUAGUUGAAGCCAGCACACAAUUGGAUGGUCUUCUGAAAAGAGGUGGUUUUACCCUCCGAAAAUGGAGUUCAAAUCAUCCGAGUAUCUUGGCCCACCUUCCAGAAAGUUUGAAGGAAGAUCAAACGUCACUAGAACUCGAUAGGUCGGAUUCGAUCAAGACGCUUGGCUUACUAUGGUUUCCGGUAGCAGACGAAUUCGGUUUCAAGGUUCCCGAUCUCCCACCUUUGCAGCAUGUUACAAAACGCAUAGUACUAUCGGAGAUGUCACAACUAUUCGACCCCUUGGGUCUCAUUGGCCCCGUAGUAGCAAGCGCGAAGAUGUUCGUUCAACAGUUGUGGCAGGAGAAAUUAACAUGGGACGAAGAGCUCCCCGAAACUCUACGAUCAUGGUGGCUGUCCUUUCGAGCUUCAACAAACAUUAUUCGAGAUCUUCGAGUACCUCGAUGGGUAUUCGGGGAAAAUACCACACGAUUCGAGAUGCACUGUUUUGUCGACGCCUCUUCGAAAGGGUAUGGAGCAUGUAUAUACGCAGUUUCAGAUGGUCCAUGCACGUCUCGAAGCUGCAACUUGUUGAUAGCCAAAUCACGCGUCGCGCCAGUAAGCGGUUAUUCGAUUCCAAGGUUGGAACUCUGUGCAGCUGUGCUGGGAAGUCAGUUGGCUGAUCAUAUUCGGCAGAAUACCAGAUUCAACGCCAAGAUUACCUUUUGGUCGGAUUCAUCGAUCGUGUUACACUGGAUUAGUUCUCCGCCGUCUUCUUGGAAGAUUUUCGUGUCUAAUCGGGUAGCAGAGGUUCAGAAGCUCAGCAAUGGAGCUCAGUGGCGGCAUGUCCCAACACUUGAAAAUCCAGCCGAUAGAAUAUCCCGUGGAGUACAACCGGAGGACAUCAUGCACGAUGCACUGUGGUGGCAUGGGCCGAAAUUCUUGCUUGACGAACCACAAUCCUGGCCAGAUCCUAUAAUUCUGUUAUCAGCUUUUGAUGUUCAACAACAAUCAACUGAGCAACGACAAACGGUUACGCUUUUGUGCAUCACAUCCGACGAUUCGCUUAUUCACGAUUUCUCCCAGCUCUCGCAUCUCCUCAGGAUCGCGGCGUACUGUUUGCGUUUUCUCAGGAACUGCCAACUGCCAAAGCACGAUCGCAAUGUGGGAUCAAUCACUCCCAUAGAAUAUGAUAGCACCUUAAAAUCUCUGAUCCGAGUAGCGCAAGGUAAAGACUUCCAGCAGGAACUGCGCUUGCUACAUAAGCACAAGGAAGAUCCGCUGGCACUUCGUAAGGCUGAUUAUAAAUCACCACUGAAGGAUCUCGAUGCAGCGUUUUUGGCCGAUUCGUGGCAGAAUUUUAGCUCGAAGGACAGUUCACCAUUGCAUGAUAUGUACUCGAUUUCGUCCACCAGAAAGCAACCAGUUCAUGGCACCACUACCGACAAACCUUGUUAUAGCAACGAAAGUAUUCGAAAUCAUGGGGUUGAAUUAUUGUGGGCCUACCGUUCGACAGGGAGAGGUGCUUCGGUAAAGGUCUGGGUCGCAGUGUACGUUUGUUUCGCCGUAAAAGCCGUAGUCCUUGACAUUGUCGUCGGUUUAUCAACGGCGUCGUGCGUCAAUUCGUUGAGGCGCUUCGUGAGUCGUGUCGGGCGCGUCCGUACAAUACACUGUGACAACAGCACCACGUUCGUUGGCGCGUCGCGCGAAGUUAAGGAGUUGCGGCAAGUUUUAGUUAAUCAACUGAAGGGCACCGCCUGGACGACAGAAUGUUUGGAGAGAGGCAUCGAAUUUCAAUUCAUCCCACCCCGUGCACCACACUUUGGCGGGCUUUGGGAGGCCGCAGUUAAGUCGUUUAAGCGGAUUUUUCAGAAGAUCAUCGGGGUAUCCACACAUCACUAUGACGACAUGCGUACACUGGUAGCGCAAGCGGAGUGCAUCAUGAACUCCAGGCCAUUGACGCCUCUUUCCAACGAUCCGCAGGACCUCUCCGUCCUGACUCCUGGACAUUUUCUACUAGGAGAGUCCAUUUAUCAAUUGCCCGAACCAGAUUUUUCCCAGGUGCCGACUAAUCGUCUAAACCACUUCCAGGCCACACAACGUACCAUCGCUGAUCUUUGGAAGCGUUGGUCCAAGGAAUACAUCGGGCUUCUCCACCAACGACCAGCCAAGUGGAGGAAGACACCCACUGAGUUCCGUGUUGGCUCAAUGGUUCUAAUAAAGAACGACAACGUUCCUUCGAAGCAAUGGCCCCUCGGUAGGGUUGUGGCUACCUAUCCUGGCAAGGACAACAUCGUGCGCGUAGUGGACGUGCGUACGCAACUUGGUAUCCGACGUCGAGCUACGUCAGAGCUUUGCGUUCUUCCUAUCGAUGCCGACCAAGAACUACCUAAGAUUGUCCCUACUACAUCUUCUUGA